AGCGCAAUCAUUCGCAGUUUUGCUUUCGAGCCGAUCGGACGUGUUUCUAUCGCUUUGCUCGUCGUCGUCGUCGCGUUUUGCUGCUCAACAAUUCCCCCCUUUAGUUCAGUGUUUUUUUUUGUUGUUGUUGCGCGAAGAUUGUGCAGUGCGCGUUCUUUACCGUUUUUGUUAGUGUUUGUGUUUACGGUGGAGGUGUCGUUGGUGGCUCUGCGCGUCCACCCACAUCCUCCCCCACCCACCUUUCGUUUGCGCGACGGCAAGCGGCCCCCCACCCACAAAAAAGGAGUCCGCACGGUUUUCGUUUACAAUCAUCAAAACAAUCGCCGAGUCCGGAGGGCAGAGUAUAGGCCGUGGCUGAGUGUGUGUCAGUGUGUGCGAAAACAAGACAAGAAGAGGAUCAUUUUUUUUAUGAAGCAGAAUAUUUUGCAUCAACGGAACCAGCAGCAUCCAAGUGCACUGUGAGUGUUGAAUAUCAUCGAUAGGGAAAAGGGCAAACACUGGCAAAGCAACCCGUAUCAAAGGAGGCACGCAUCAAAAUGUGAACCGUCAACGCGUCACCAGGGCGACGAAGAAGAAGUUCGACGAUGAAAAAAUCGCAGUGUUAAUCAAAAUCCGGUGCAAGCGACAGUCGAAAAAAAAAGUGGAGAUAGUGAAUUUAUUGGCGACGUCGUGAGUGAUAAGAACGCGCGGUGUUCUUUUGAAAAGGUGACAACAAGAAGAAAAGAUGACGGUCACAUCGUGGAAAAGUGUUGGCCAGGCGAAAAUGCUCGCUAUCGCCAAAGCCAACUACAGCGAGUCGAACAAAGAGCACAGACUGGAACUGGACGUGGGCGAUUCGGUGGUCAUUCUACAGGAAACUGCCAACUGGUACUACGGAUAUAAUCGAAGUCGACCCCACGUGAGCGGCAUCUUUCCCAAAUGCUACGUCCACAUCGUCGACAGUCGGAUAUCCCGCGACGGCGAGCUGGUCGUGGCCCGCACUGAAAUCGUCGAAGAGAUCACCACCGUCCUAAAAGAGUGGCAGCACCUCUACCGGCGGUUCUUCCUCUACACCCACCCGGACUUCAAGGUCAUCCGGACGAAAAUGCUGGAGCUGAUCCGGCUGCGAUCGCAGCUGCUUUCCGGGAAUCUCCCGGUCGACGAAAUGAAGGACAUCAAGCUUAAGGCCACCUCGGAGAUCGACACCGGAAACAAGAUCCUCCGGCUGGACAUGGUCGUUCGGGACGAGUGCGGCAACAUUCUGAACAUCGAGCGGACUUCCACGACGCAGCUGUACGAGCACCACCUGAAUGCGGUCGACCGGAUCAAACGGGCGAGUACGUCAACCACCAAGAACCGCAACGUGGAAACGAUGAACCGCCACUCGCACAACCUGCUCCUAUCCGUGCACAACUUUGUGUGUCGCCUGUGCGAGGACACCGAAAUCUUGUUCACGCUGUACGACGGCGAAGAGAUGCGAGCCAUCACCGAGAACUACGUGGUCAAGUGGAGUCGCCAGGGCGUGGCGGCCGACCUCGAUCAGUUCAACAACAUCAAAGUGCUGUUCACGGAUCUGAGUGGGAACGAUUUGAGUCGGAACAAGAUCUACCUGGUGGCCUACGUGGUCCGGAUAGGGGCCAUGGAAGGCAAGGAUACCGACACUCGAAGAAGCAGCAUGGCCAACUCGUCCAAUACGGGCAGUCUGAAGAACAAGAGUCAAUUGACCAACCAGAUGAGCACUCCGGCUAGUCCGGGUCCGGGCGGAUCGGCAUCGGCUGCAGCUUCUAGUCACGAGCAGCAGAUGAGACGACCGUUCGGAGUGGCGUCUCUGGAUUUGUUACCCAUCAUCAAGAGGACGGAGGAUUUCAAGAGUGAUUCCCAGUUGAAGAUGCCAUUUAUUCCCUGUGAGAAAGAGUCGUUGGAGAGUACUUUGAGGAAGCUUGUCGGCAACAAGGAUCUGGCGGAUAAGAGUGACGCAGCGAUCUGGAUUAGCGUGGAUAUCCUACACGGGGAUAUCAAACAGGUGAAGGAGGAAUACCCACACUUGGUGCUGGGUAAUGUGGCAUUCGCGCGAAAGAUGGGAUUCCCGGAGGUGAUCUUCCCCGGAGAUGUUCGAAACGAUCUUUACCUAACACUAGUCGGAGGGGAGUUUCCCAAGGGCUCCAAGAGCAGUGAUAAGAACAUAGAAGUGACUGCGAUGGUUUGCAACAAGGAAGGGGUGGCGAUCCCCGGGGUGAUCACCUAUGGCGGCGGGGGAUUUGCUCUGAACGAGUACAAAUCGGUGAUCUACUAUCAUGACGAUAAGCCAAAGUGGAACGAGACGUUCAAGAUCGAUGUGCCAAUAGAGGAGUUCAAGCAGUGCCAUUUGCGGUUCACCUUCAAGCACCGGAGUUCCAAUGAGGCCAAAGAUCGCAGCGAGAAGCCUUUUGGGCUGGCGUACGUGCGGCUGAUGAACGACGAUGGAACCACGCUGCAGCACAAACGCCAUCAGUUGGCGCUGUACAAGAUCGAUCACAAGAAGUUCGAUCAGGACACGCAGUACAACUACCUGCAGCUGCCGGCAUUGCCGGUAGAAUCGAACCUGAAACCGUCGAUCAGUGGGUUUAGCUUGGCGAAGGGCAACUUCACCAUCGAGACGAAUCUGUGCAGCACGAAGCUGACGCAAAACGUGGAUAUUCUGGGUUUGCUGAAUUGGUCGUCGCGGAAGGAGAAGAUGGAGGAAUCGCUGAACGCGCUGAUGAACGUCAAGGGCGAGGAGGUGGUCAAGUUUCUACAGGACAUUCUGGACGCGUUGUUCAACAUACUGGUGCUGAAUGAGGACGCGGCCAAGUACGACAACCUGGUGUUCAAGUGUUUGCUGCGGUUGAUCGAAAUCGUGUACGAUCUCAAAUACCAGCACUUCCAGUCGGUGCUGGAUCUCUACAUCAACGAAAGCUUCUCGGCGACGUUGGCCUAUGAAAAGCUGAUCAACGUGGUUCAGACGCACAUCAAGAACGCGAUCAACAACGUCAGCAGUGAUCGGUCGAGCUCGAUCAGCAUCUACGCCGUCAACGAGAACGACGAAACGCUCUACCGCACCACCAAGUACCUGCAGUACAUCAUGAAGUUCAUCAUACGAUCGCGCAUUUUGUUCGCCGAUCUGAACCAGGGAAAAGAUCGCGAGCUGUUCGAAACCAUGCUGGAAGAUCUGCUGGAGUCGUUCACCGAGUUGAUCAAGUACCAGAACGAUCUGCUGAAGUCGCAAGGGGCGCUGCUGAAGUAUCUGCACAUCAUCGCGUCCGAUCUGAUGCAGGUGUACGAUCCGAUCAAGCUGAGUCAGCGAAUCGUGGACAUCAUCACGAACGUCCCGACCGGACGGCUGAAUCAGUCCAAGAUGACCUGCAUCAAGGAUGUGGUCGACUCCAAGCUGUUCAAGUUGCCCCAGUGUCGAGCUAUUCUGCUGCCGGUGUUCUGCCGGCAGAUCAAGGACAAACUCGAGAGCAAGGAAGAGGGUGAAUUCAUGUUCGACAUCCGGCAGCAGGAGAAGAACCUCAUCAAGGCGGCCAAGGUCCUCGGGGAGAGCAAGUCGCAGCUGCACACGCGUGAAACCACCGCCAAAACGAAGGUUGCCGAAUGCGUGAACAUCAUGAACAACAUGCUGGAGUUGCUCUUCCACAGUGAAGAGGACAUUGGAUCGACGGAGAACGAUGUCCGGGAGAUAAUGCAGAUUCUCCUGCGCACCGUCAUCCAGAGUUCCAUCGCCAUGGAUCGUGACAAUCCGUUGGUCGGUAAUCUGGUGGCGAUCAUGCUGGGGAUCUUCCGCGCCAUGACGGCUGUGCACUAUCAGGCGUACGAGAAGAGUUUCCUCACCAGUUUUGAUUUGCUGGAUUUCCUCAUGGAAAUUUUGUUGGUGUUCAAAGAGCUGGUGUCGAAGCCCGUUUUCCCAGUUGACUGGCUGGACAUGAUAAUGCAUCAGAAUACAGUGAUUCUUGAAAGUCUACGUCACUUUGCUGUUAUCAUAAUGGAUAGGUUCUUCUCGCCAUUUGAGAAGCAGGUUUGGUCGAACUAUUUCCAGUGUUCGAUCACCUUCUUGACGCAGCCGUCGCUACAGCUGAAUUUGUUCAGCAAAACCAAACAGUCGAUGAUUUUGAGUAGCUAUCGUGACAUCCGGCGUGAGACUGCGUUCGAGAUCAGGAAAAUGUGGUUCAACCUAGGCGAAUACAAGAUCAUGUUCGUCCCGCAGUUGGUAGGGCCCAUUCUGGAGAUGAGCAUGAUUCCGGAGAUAGAACUCCGAAAAGCGACCAUUCCCAUCUUCUUCGACAUGAUGCAGUGCGAGUACUACAGUUCGAAGUACGUGAUGGAGAGCUACGGGGAUACCAAGAGGAACGUAAGUCACGUAAAGGGGAACUUCAACGAUUUCGAAAAGGAGAUCAUAGAGAAGCUCGAUCACUAUAUCGAGGGAGGGUAUGGAGAUGAAGAGUACAAGACACUGUUCUACGAGAUCAUGUAUGAGUCAUGCAGCAAUCAUAACACGCUACAGACCUACGGAAUUCAAUGCGUCCAGGUGCUGACAAGAUUGAUGGAGAAGCUGUUAGAGUAUCGGUGUUUGAUCCACGACGAAAGCAAAGAGAACAGGAUGGCUUGUACGGUGAGUUUGCUGCAGUUCUACGCCGAGGUCAAUCGAAAGGAGAUGUACAUUCGGUACGUGAAUAAACUGUGUGAUCUUCAUAUGGAGUUUGACAACUUCACGGAAGCUGCAUACACUCUGAAGUUACACAGUAAUGAAUUGUGUUGGGACGAUACGCCGCUUUCUCCAUUGUUGAAGUCUAGUCGUCACUCCGGUUGUAGUACGCAUUGGCAUUUGAAGGAACGACUGUACAGGAAUAUCAUCGAUCUGUUCGAUCAAGGUAAGAUGUGGGAGUCGGCGAUCGAUAUGUGCAAGGAGCUAUCCCAGCAGUACGAAAACGAAUCCUACGACUAUCUGAGUCUAGCUGAGUUGUACAAGAAGAUGUCCCAGUUUUACGAGAAGAUUCUGCGGGAGAAACGGUUCGAGUCGAACUACUACCGGGUGGCGUUCUAUGGCAAUGGGUUUCCGCAAUUCCUUCGAAAUCAGGAGUUCGUCUACCGGGGGAAUGAGUACGAAGAUUCCGGCUCGUUCAACACCCGUAUUCUGAGUCAACAUCCCAGGGCGGAGUUGGUCCCGACGUUGAAUCCCGGCCCGGAGAUUCGUCAAAGCGAAGGCCAGUUUAUACAGAUCGUGAAGGUCGACCCCGUCAGCCGGGAUAUUCGGAUCAGCAGGGAUCGGAAGAACAUUGCGUCCAAUAUCCUGAAGUUUUACCAGACAAACAACGUGAGCGAGUUUCAGUUUUCGCGUCCGAUUCGGGACUCGAACGGAGGCGGAGAUGACAUAGCGAGCACGUCGUACGAACGGACGAUCUUGAUGACGAAGGACGCCCUGCCGGGCAUUUUGCGGUGGUCCCCGGUGAAGUCCAGCACGACGGUUGUGAUCUCACCAAUCGAAAUGGCGAUUGAAACCAUGGAGGCGAAGAACCGUGGCAUUCGUGAGCUCGUCCUGGAGCAUCGCUCCGAUCCCACCCUGCCGAUCCAUUCGUUGAGCGCCACCAUCAAUGGCGUGGUGGACGCAGCGGUCAACGGGGGUAUCCCGAUCUACGAGGACGCAUUCUUGUCGCCAGAAUAUCUCAUCAGAUAUCCGGAGGAUGAUCAUCUGGUGGCGCGGUUGAAGGACCAAAUCGCUUCGCAGAUCCCACUGCUGGAGGUUGCCAUCCAGGUGCACAAGGCCAAGGCGCCGGACAGCCUGAUGCCAUUCCACGAGCGGCUGGAGACGUGCUUCGCCGGACUGCAGCCCACGAUCGAAGCCAAGUACGGCAAGCGGACGACCGACAUCAAGAUUGAUCGGGACAGCGAGGUGACGCUGAGAAGGCAGAUCUCCGCCAUGCCACAGGUCAGCAUUGACUCGAGUCGGCUGUCCGAGACCAGCAUAGGGUCGUCUGACAGUGGAAUCUCCAAGAGCCAAAACAGUCGCCCAACAACGACCAGCUCGGGCGGCUUCAAGUCCACCUUCACCAACUUUGCAACGAAUUUCAACAGUACAAGUGACUUUUUCGAGUUUGAUCGGCUGAGCCUGUCCAGCGUCAAGCUCGGGACGCAAUCCGGCAAGCUGAUCUGCAACAUUUCGACCAAGAUUGGCAGCAAAAUUAGACAAACAUCACUCGGUAGCUCACCCGGUGCCAAGGGCAAGAAGGACAAGUACGGUACGAAGCGAAGAUCGAGUCGCAAGAGUGAUCGCGACUCGUUGAACCUACAGGUUUCGAACAGUCAAUUCUACACGUCUCCCAUUACGAUGGCCAGCGAGAUUGUCGGGGCGGGCGGUGGCAACAGCAGCUGUAGCGAUCGAGACAGCAUCGUGCUUCAGAGUGGACCGGCCAGCAUCGGGUCGCAGUCGACGACCUGUUCAACGCCGACGACCACCGGCUGCAGCACACCGAAGGUCGAGCUAACCGAAGAGCUCCAUCCCAAGCGCCCACUUCGAUCGGAAGUGGAGAAGGAAAAGCGUCACUCUCGACCGCCGAGCGUUGUGACGCCCACGCUGAGUAUCAAGACUCUAACCAGCACUGGAGGGGACACCGUUUCGAUUGGUUCCGCCGAAAGCAGUAGCAAUCGCAAUUCCAUCAUAACGAACGGUUCCACCACUUCGGAGGAAGAUCUAGUCCCGCCGCCGUUGCCGAUGAAGACCCGAGACAGUGACUACGGCAACGUACCGCUGAACGAAAGUUCACUGUACCGGCGGACCACUUCGGCCAGCCAUUACGUGAGUUGUAAGCCUUUACCACCGGUUCCUACCGGUAUUGUCAACUCGGCGUACGACGUGGUCGAGACGAGAAACAAUAGCGUUAUUGUGAUCAGCAGUGGUGGCAUCAUCUACGACGAACGGAAGCGGCCACCGACACCUCCGCCAAAACCGGCCAGGAAUUCCAAGGUAUGAUAGCUAGAUUAUCUCUCUUCGAUUUUCUUUUUGUUUCCACGGAAACCGAUAAUCAAAAUUAGUGAGUACAAAAGUAGUGUACCCCUCGUUUUGCGGUGAGUACAGAAAGGUAGGAAUUGAUCGGCAAGCACAUAGAGACGCGAUUAGAUAGGUGGGAAUUGUGAAAGACAUUUAGAUAGCUGAAUGCGUGAGUGUGUAGGUUAGGGAAAAAGAACACGCACACUGUAUUCCGUUUCCGAUGCAAAGGAAACGCCAGAAGCCAUUUUAUUUUACGUUCUCGACGUAGUAUUUCGUUUUGUUUCGCUAAGCUAAGAGAAAAGGCAAAGCCGAUUAUUAUCGUUGUUUAGUUUUAUUCGCGGAUGUAGUAGGCGUGUGCAAUUAUACGUUUUAUUUCAAUACGCAAUGAUCCGUUUUCCAAGUUUUAACAACUUACCAAAGACGACAUAGUAGGCGAUGAAAAAUCGUGCAUAGAUCCUACUUUUCAACGCAUCUAUGAAUGCAUAAGAUAGUUUUAAUAUUAGAUAGAUUAAGCAAUCCAGUUACUGUGUAAAAAAAACGAUAACGAAGGAACAAAUCAGAGAGCUUCUAACUAAUCGAAAGCUAGGUAUAGUUUUAACGAAAAAAGCAUUAUUUAUAGAUCAAUUCUAAAGAUUUAUCGUAUGCUAAUCCUAGAGUUUAGUAUUAUUUCGCUACAUAUCGAGAUCAAAGUUAGUUCUAAUGUAAAUUAACCGAGCAUAUUUUGUUUCCACGAUUCAUCAUACGAGCGCAAUAUUAUUUCCUAUCCCUUAGUAGGUAAGAGUCAUCGUGCGGUUUGUAAGGAUCAGUAUAAUGUACAUGGUAAUAAACGGCAACGGCCAACUGCAACUCGGCUGCGGAUGGACGUUGUAUUGAUGUGCUUGCGCAGUCGGCUUUGACCAGCGCAGCAUUCCAGUUA